AUGUGCCCAUAUUGUUUGAGUCUUUCAACAUUAUGUGAUAGAAGACAUGUAUUGAGAGCAAAAGAAGAACUUUCAUGUAUUUUAUCUAUUCCUCCCUCAAAGAUAGUAAUUUGUUUCCUCCAUUUAAGGGAACGAAUCAUGGAAAGACUGUUAAUAGAUUCAAUAUUGACAAUGAGUAGUACGAGAAAAUUUUUGAAGACGUUGAAAUCAAUUAAGAAUUUUCAGAACUUUUCAUUGCGUCAACUUAACACCAAAAAAGGAAUAUUAUAUAGAUGUUACUUGAUAGGAAAUAUGGUUAAAUCAUUGUUAAAAAGUCUUAUUGUUAUCAAGAAAUUUAUCAAUCCAAUGCAAUAUGAAUUGAUGACCAAAUUUAAACGAGUAGUGGAUUUGUUGAACGUAAAGGAACGAAUGGAUGAUGAACAGUAUGAAACUUUUAUGAAAGCUCUCAAAGAUAUGCAACAAUCAUAUUGCAGAUUAUAUGUUAAUGGUCCUAAAAGUUGGUACAUGCACAUAUUGUUUCAUCAUGUUCCAAGUUUAUUGAAAAUGUACGGCUCCUUAAAGCCAUUUGAAACUCAGGGUUUUGAAGGUAAGUAA